AUGACCUUUGAAUGCUGCCCUCUCGUCGACUUGUUCAAUUUGACAGUAGUACCAACUGAGUUUCGGUUCGGGAGUGUCUGUGUCCUCAGAACAAAAAACUUUUAUUAAAACCUCCACCAUGACGACCUACUUCCAGUACCCCACUCCCGAGCUGCAGCAGGAGCUGAAGAAGAUCGCUGAAGCGAUCGUCGCUCCCGGAAAGGGCAUCCUCGCUGCCGAUGAGUCCACCGGUACCAUGGGCAAGCGUCUCCAAGACAUCGGAGUUGAGAACACCGAAGAGAACCGUCGCAAGUAUCGCCAGCUGCUCUUCAGCACUGACCCGGCCAUCUCCGAGAACGUGUCCGGCGUGAUCCUCUUCCACGAGACCUUGUACCAGAAGGCUGACGAUGGCACACCCCUGGUCUCUCUGCUCGAGAAGCGCGGCAUCAUCCCCGGCAUCAAGGUCGACAAGGGUGUUGUCCCGUUGUUCGGAUCUGAGGACGAAUGCACCACCCAGGGCUUGGACGACCUCGCCCAGCGUUGCGCCCAAUACAAGAAGGACGGCUGCCACUUCGCCAAGUGGCGUUGUGUGCUGAAGAUUGGCCGCAACACUCCUUCGUACCAAUCCAUCUUGGAGAACGCUAACGUACUCGCACGUUACGCCUCCAUCUGCCAGAGCCAACGCAUCGUGCCCAUUGUGGAGCCCGAGGUCUUGCCCGAUGGUGAGCAUGACUUGGAACGCGCCCAGAAGGUGACCGAAACGGUGCUCGCUGCCGUUUACAAGGCGCUCAAUGAUCACCAUGUCUAUUUGGAAGGAACUUUGUUGAAACCCAACAUGGUGACUGCUGGACAGUCUUGCAAGACUCAAUACACUCCCAUGGACAUCGCUCGCGCUACAGUCACCGCAUUAAUGAGGACUGUGCCCCCCGCGGUUCCCGGCAUCACAUUCCUCUCUGGCGGUCAGUCCGAGGAAGAGGCUUCCGUGAAUCUGAACGCCAUCAACGCGGUAGAAGGCCUGAAGAGGCCGUGGGUGCUGACUUUCAGCUACGGGCGCGCGUUGCAGGCUUCAGUGCUGCGCGCGUGGGGAGGGAAACCGGAAAACGUGCUGGCUGGACAGCAGGAACUGCUGAAGAGGGCGAAGGCUAACGGUCUUGCUGCCCAAGGAAAAUACAAGGCUGGCUCAAUACCAUCUUUGGCCGCAUCCAAAUCUAACUUUGUUAAAGCUCAUGCUUAUUAAAUCAACCUCCUACUUAAUAUUUAUAUCGAAAAUUUUAAAUACACAAUAUUUUUUAUUGUUAUUGUCUCCUCGAAUCAUGGACUGGAUUUUAAUCACGAAUUAAAAUCAUUUUUAAUUUAUUAUUACAUUCGGUAAAAAGCAAAGUACUUAUAUACAUUCCAAUAGCUUUCUAUGGCUGCUAUGAUAAUUAAAAAUGAUUUUUAUGUUUUAUUUAAUGUUGCUAUAUGUAGCUAACUUCUGUUUCCACUCUAUUACAAGAUAAGCUUACAGUUCAUGCAAUCUUUGUAGUUCGGUCUCAUUUGGUCUUUAAAUAAAAAUGUAUACACCACUUAAACUUAUACGUGUUAAGACAGCACAGUGCUUAGAAAAUGGAUUUUAUUGCUGCAUAUAUAAAUCGUUAGCAAUGACCAUAUGGGAUCAGCUGUGACAGAGUAUUAUAGAACUAGUUUUGUUUCAGAUGAGAUGUACACAACUUAAAUUUGUAGUCUGUCUUGUUUUUUUGACAUAUUCUUGCUUUGUUUUGAUUUUCUUUAGCUCUACUUAGCUAAAUAGUGCUUCGUUUUUUAUACGGCAAUACGUCGAGUUACCACAAGGUGUCGAUUUUUCUCAAUUAAUUAAACAUCUUAUAUUAAACAAGAGUUCAAUAUUAGUUGGUGAAAUAAGACAGUUUUUGAUAACUUGACAUGUGGCUGAAUGUACUUCGCAUGCUGUUGCCUUUACGUCUGUUUUACCAUUGCCUGAUUACGGAGACAUGUCAAACAUGUGACCACUGCAACUUGAAUUUUGACAGUUAUGUCAACAGACAACUAAGAUUUGUUGGAGAAAUUUGUAACGUAUCAUGUUGCGGUGGUCACGCUACGAUAUUGAUAUCCGAUUGAUGAAAAAUAUGACAAUAAUUUGCAUUUGAAAAAAAAACAAGACUGCAAUCAGAGAAGCUCAAUUAUUAGUUAAUGGUGAAAAUGAUUCUAAUGGCAGUUUUGCAUUGGUAUCGUUGCUGCCUUCAGUAGAUUAAAAACAGCACAAGUAAUCUAUAAAUGUUUAGAUGGAGCACGUCAACUUGAUAUUAGCUACUGCCACCGUAUCAAUGGCAAUAUUCUAUAAAAUGUUCAUGAUGAAACUAUAUCGAUGAUUCAGCAAUAAUUCAGCAUUCCUCAUUUGAAUCUUAUCAAAAGUAAUUCUAACGCUGUCUCUUGUAAAGAGUGAAUAGUUUCAUAUGAUUAACAAUAUAGCUUGUAAAGAGAGUUCUAUUUAAAAAUAAGCUUCCUAAAGUAGAAGUAGAACACAUAUCAUAAUCAUAAGUUACAUACGUACAAUGUGUUUAUAAUAAAAAUCAUUUUUGCAUGGGCUUUUAGUAUUGAGCCUUGUGUUUACCCUAAUGCGUCACCUUGUGUGCCAUUUGUUUGUUAGUGCAAUAAGUAUUUUAUAAAUGUUAAUAAAAGUGUUUUUUAUUAUUUGAUUUUCUUUAUUCAUUCCUCUACUUUCCUUCUUGUGAUUAAUCGAAGAGCU